CCCCAGUCUAUCCAUCCAUCCCUCCGUCCCUCCAUCCCUCGCCGGCACCAUGAGCGGCAGCGGCCCCGGCUCCGUGCAGAUCCAGUUCGGCCUCAUCAACUGCGGCAACAAGUACCUGACGGCCGAGGCGUUCGGCUUCAAGGUGAACGCGUCGGCCAGCAGCCUGAAGAAGAAGCAGAUCUGGACGCUGGAGCAGCCGCCCGACGAGGCGGGCGCGGCGGCCGUGUGCCUGCGCAGCCACCUGGGCCGCUACCUGGCGGCCGACAAGGACGGCAACGUGAGCUGCGAGGCCGAGACGCCGGCCGCCGACUGCCGCUUCGUCAUCGUGGCCCACGACGACGGCCGCUGGUCGCUGCAGUCCGAGGCGCACCGGCGCUUCUUCGGCGGCACGGAGGACCGCCUGUCGUGCUUCGCGCAGAGCGUGUCGCCGGCCGAGAAGUGGAGCGUGCACCUCGCCAUGCACCCGCAGGUCAACAUCUACAGCCUGACCCGCAAGCGCUACGCGCACCUCAGCGCGCGGCCGGCCGACGAGCUGGCCGUGGACCGCGACGUGCCCUGGGGCGUCGACUCGCUCGUCACGCUGGCCUUCCAGGACCAGCGCUACAGCGUGCGCACGGCCGACCACCGCCUCCUGCGCCACGACGGCCGCCUGGUGGCCAGCCCCGAGCCCGCCACGGGCUACACGCUCGAGUUCCGCUCUGGCCACGUGGCCUUCCGCGACUGCCAGGGCCGCUACCUGGCGCCGUCCGGGCCCAGCGGCACGCUCAAGGCCGGCAAGGCCACCAAGGUGGGCAAGGACGAGCUCUUCGCGCUCGAGCAGAGCUGCGCGCAGGUGGUGCUGCGGGCGGCCAACGAGCGGAACGUGUCCACGCGCCAGGGCAUGGAUCUUUCAGCCAAUCAAGACGAGGAGACAGACCAGGAGACCUUCCAGCUGGAGAUCGACGGCGACUCAGGAAAGGGCGCCUUCCGCACCUACACGGGCAAAUACUGGACGCUGACGGCCACAGGGGGUGUGCAGAGCACUGCCUCUACCAAGAACGCCAGCUGCUACUUCGACAUUGAGUGGCGUGACCGGCGAAUCACCCUGCGUGGGGCCAAUGGCAAGUUCGUGACGGCCAAGAAGAACGGGCAGCUUGCUGCCUCUGUGGAGGCCGCAGGGGACUCGGAGCUGUUCCUCAUGAAGCUCAUAAACCGACCCAUCAUCGUAUUCCGGGGUGAGCACGGCUUCAUCGGCUGCCGCAAGGUCACGGGCACCCUGGAUGCCAACCGCUCCAGCUAUGAUGUCUUCCAGCUGGAGUUCAAUGAUGGCGCUUACAACAUCAAAGACUCCACUGGCAAGUACUGGAUGGUGGGGGAUGAUGGCUCGGUGACCAGCAGCAGCGACACACCUGUGGAUUUCUUCCUGGAGUUCCGAGACUACAACAAGGUGGCCAUCAAGGCGGGCGGCCGCUACCUGAAGGGGGACCACGCGGGGGUCCUCAAGGCCUGUGCCGACACCAUUGAGCCAGCCACUCUGUGGGAGUACUAGCCCCCUUGGACCCCCGAAGCCCCCACCUCCACUUCUCAGGGCCACUCUGGCCUGGCAAACUGGAAAUCAUGUGGGGUGGGUCCCCGUCCCCCUUUCUUCUGACCUCAGACAACUCUGAGCCUUAUUAUUCUCCCUGCGGGCUGAGAAGGGGCUGGGAGGUGGGUAACUGGAAUCUCCUUCCCCUCCCAUGACUUCUGCCCCCACUUCCCAUGCCCUCCACCCUUGCCCCAGGCUUGUGGGUGCCCUCCCUGCGCUUCCUGCAGGAGCAAGGCCCUGGGGCCCCCUUUAGCACGGAGGGGCCUGCCCACAUCUGGUCCUGUCUCAUUUCCCCCUGGCCAAACUGGAAGCCGGAAAAUGACCAAAUCAGUAUUUUUGUUAAUGCCCGUUACUAGAGGGACCCCAGUCGUGCCUGGUGGUAGCCGCAUGUGGUCUUUGAGGGGUGCUAGUGUGUGUGUGUGUGUGUGUGUGUGUGUGUUGGGGCUGUGUCCAGAUGCAUCUCCGGGGAAUCCUGCCUGGUUGGCGGAAGAGUAGCAGGAAUCUGGGUGGUCCCGAGUCUUCCCCUCCCGCUGGUGCUAGGCUCCUCCCCCAGCCCAAGCCCCACAGGGCAGGUGCUCCUCACUGCACCCCCAGGAUCACCAGGGGUAGCCUCCAGACUGGAGAUGGGGGUGCCCAGCCCCACCCCAGACAGCUCCCCCAUCCUCUCAUCUCCAUGCAUCUCACUCUGGGUAUUCUGGACUAUUUUUUUGUGUCAUUUGUAUAACUAUGCGCCCAUGAUCUUAGCUUCAGACUGGAAAAGUGCAAACCAAUAAACUCUUUAGCCC